GCCUGAUAGUAAGUGGCGGUUUCGGAGCACAUGCAUGUUGUCAGGGCUAGUCUGCCCCGCUGCUUGUUCGCUCGCUGGCUCGCUUGCUCGUUCAGCUGUUACUCCGAGCUACCUGCUGGGGAAUUCACCUUGACAUUGCCUGGGGUGCCUUCCACCCUUCACAGAACCAGAAAAGUUGUAUUCUCGAACACCGAAGAGGAGAUUUCACUGUCUGGGGACAAUUCCACAAACACUGAAGUACAAGGACCUGGCCGGCAUUCCUAGAAAGAUAAAGCAUGACAAAAAGCAAUGGGGAAGAGCCCAGGACGGGCGGCAGAAUGGAGAGAUUCCAGCAAGGAGUCCGCAAGCGCACACUUUUGGCCAAGAAGAAAGUACAGAGUAUCACAAGGGAGGAUGUGAAGAGUUACCUGCUUCGGAAUGCUUUUGUGCUGCUCACUGUCGCUGCUGUCAUUGUGGGUACAAUCCUUGGAUUUGCCCUCCGACCAUACAAAAUGAGCUACCGGGAAGUCAAGUACUUCUCUUUCCCUGGGGAGCUCCUGAUGCGGAUGCUGCAGAUGUUGGUCUUACCCCUUAUCAUCUCCAGUCUUGUCACAGGAAUGGCGGCCCUAGACAGUAAGGCAUCGGGAAAGAUGGGCAUGCGAGCUGUAGUCUAUUACAUGACCACCACCAUCAUUGCUGUGAUGAUUGGCAUAAUCAUUGUCAUCAUCAUCCAUCCCGGAAAGGGCACAAAGGAAAACAUGUACAGAGAAGGUAAAAUUGUGCAAGUGACUGCUGCCGAUGCCUUUCUGGAUUUAAUAAGGAACAUGUUCCCUCCCAAUCUGGUGGAAGCCUGCUUUAAACAGUUUAAAACCAGCUAUGAAAAGAGGAGUUUCAAAGUGCCCAUCGAGGCCAACGAAACACUCCUGGACGCUGUGAUCAGCAAUGUGUCAGAGGCCAUGGAGACCCUUACCCGCAUCCGGGAGGAGAUGGUACCUGUUCCUGGCUCUGUGAAUGGGGUCAAUGCCCUAGGCCUAGUUGUCUUCUCCAUGUGCUUCGGUUUUGUGAUUGGAAACAUGAAGGAACAGGGGCAAGCCCUGAGAGAUUUCUUUGAUUCCCUUAACGAAGCCAUCAUGAGAUUGGUAGCAGUGAUAAUGUGGUAUGCCCCUCUGGGCAUCCUCUUCUUGAUCGCAGGGAAAAUCGUUGAGAUGGAAGACAUGGGCGUGAUUGGAGGACAGCUUGCCAUGUACACAGUGACAGUCAUUGUUGGCCUCCUCAUUCAUGCUGUCAUCGUCCUGCCACUCCUCUACUUCCUGGUAACCCGGAAGAACCCCUGGGUUUUCAUUGGAGGGUUGCUGCAAGCGCUCAUCACAGCUCUGGGGACCUCCUCAAGCUCUGCCACCCUACCAAUCACUUUCAAGUGCCUAGAAGAAAACAAUGGUGUGGACAAACGUAUCACCAGAUUCGUGCUCCCCGUGGGGGCCACCAUUAACAUGGAUGGGACCGCUCUCUAUGAGGCUUUGGCUGCCAUCUUCAUCGCUCAAGUUAACAACUUUGACCUGAACUUUGGACAGAUUAUUACAAUAAGCAUCACAGCCACGGCUGCAAGCAUUGGGGCAGCUGGGAUUCCUCAGGCGGGUCUGGUCACCAUGGUCAUCGUGCUGACAUCUGUGGGCCUGCCCACAGAUGACAUCACACUCAUCAUCGCAGUAGACUGGUUUCUGGACCGCCUCCGAACCACCACCAAUGUGCUGGGUGACUCCCUGGGAGCAGGGAUCAUUGAGCACUUGUCGCGCCAUGAACUGAAGAACCGAGAUGUUGAAAUGGGGAACUCCGUGAUUGAGGAGAAUGAAAUGAAGAAGCCAUAUCAGCUGAUUGCCCAGGACAAUGAGCCUGAGAAAACCGUGGCUGAUAGUGAAACCAAGAUGUAGACUACACAGAAGUGCUUUUCUUGAGCACCAGGCUCCGGGAAGCCAUUCUGCAAUGUGUCCAUCUCAUUGAGCUCCCUCCCGCAGUGAGAGCCCCAUCACUUUUCCUCCCUACUCUGUUAGGAUUGGAAAAUGUCCAAAAGCUGAGGAGGGCUUGGCAGCAACUGAAAUAUACAAGUUUCAGACCACAUUUGAAAUUUUUAACUCAUCUCAUAUUAUUCUUACCAAGUAAGUUACUGGAAUCAAACAUAGUUUUGAUAUUACACAUUUAGAUGGCAAACAAUCAUAUGUGAUUGUUUUAUAAGCAAAAGCAUUGAACAAAUGUUAGGUUAAAAGUUUUUAAACCAAUCUUCAAAGUUUAAAAAUCCUUCAGAACACAAUUGAGUCUUAGUCUUAAAAAGUAACAACUCAAUGAGUAAUUACCAGUUACCUUUGGGGUAGCAGAGAUGUUGCCCCAUUUCUUCUGACUUCUAUCCUGACAUUAUCAGUACCAGGGCAAUGUGCACAUGUACACAGCACAGCUGUGAGGAGGAGCAGAAAGUGUGUUCUAGACAGAGACUCAUCUCACCCCUUGGCCUCAGUGUUCUCAUCCAGAGAAUGAGUGACUCCUCUAGACACACGGCCUCUCUAGCAGAGAUUGCUGUGACACCAAGAAGACCCUGCCUGCCCUGUAUAACAUGGAGAUCUAAAAAGGACACUUAAUGGAAUGCACAUUUCUCUCUAGGCACAGGCUUUGUGUGGCUCACUGGGUCCCGGGUCCAAAAUGUUGGUUAUAUAGGUAGACAUGUGGAAGGCCAUUCCAGGAGUGGGGUUAUUUGUGGGGGCCCCUUCGCCUGUUUGGGGGUGUUGUUUGUUUUGCUUACCUGUACUACAAGCACUCCCUUCUUGGGUAUUCUUCCCAAACCCAAGGGAUGGCUCUAAGAAAGCCUUCUACCACCCCUCAGCCGACAAUUAGAUGUUUAGGAAAUAAACAGAAGACUAGCAACUAGCAAGUAUGCUCAUGGUCUUACUAUGGAACACUAAAGAGCAGAGAAAGAAUAGAGUAUGGCCAACAUUACAAAGGCAGGAUUCUUUAAUCCCAGCACGGGAGGCAGAGGCAUGCAGUUGAUCUCUGUAAGUUAGAAGCCAGGCUGGUCUACAGAGUAAGUUCCAGGACAACCAGGGCUACACAGAGAAACCCUGUCUCGAAAAAUAAAUAAGUAAAGAUCAAGACUAGUUGGUCUUCUUUACAAACCAGUAAAAGGGAGAGCUACAUCUCAGCCCUUUUUGUUAACCUGAACACAGUGUCUUUAGUUCCCAAUUAGUCCAGAAAGAAAUUACAUAUAAUGCCACUUCUUUCAUAUUUUAGCGUCAAACAAGUGAGAUUAGAUUUCUGGGACAGAUCCAUGUGCUAGGUGGAUGAUCUCAUCUCUGAAAAUGUUGCUUUUGAUUUUGGAUUUUGUUUUGUUUUACAACUUAAACUGAAGUUCUUAGAAAGAAAUAAGCAAGAUACUUCUUUGUAUAGAAAUGCCACUUGGCGAAUCAUUCGAAAUUCUCAUCUAGAGUGGGGCUUGCUUUAGUUUUGUUUGUGGUCCUACAAAAAAAAUGGUAGAUGAAUCAACUUGAAAAUAACAUCAAUGAGGAUGGAAGAAAUUACAACAGGGGCAUUACUUUCAGGCAAGGCAGCCCCCAGGUUUAAAGGAGAUUAAUUAUUUUUACCCCCUUAGAAUAUUCAGUCAAAGAUAUUCAGUGGGAGCCAUCAGAUGGUACCAACUGCCUUAGUUUCUGACCAAAAAUGUUGAAUGGACAUAAUUACGCUAACACACUGAGUAUCUAGAAAUGGCAUCUCCCAAUCUACAAUUAGAGAUAUUUCAUAGAUCUUGAGCAUUUCAUGCAUGUAAAGGUUAACACUAGGCUAUGGUGGAGUAAUCAUUUAAUAAUGGCAAGCUCUAUUUUGGAAAUACACUACAGAAGUUAAUGUAUGUGGCAGUCAUUUUACAACACUAGCAGAAUGAAACUUAAUCAUGUCAAAUUAAUACUCUUACCCAGUGUGAGGGUUUUUUGUUUGUUUGUUUUGUACUAACCAUUUCUUAUGAAAACAGGCCCUCUAAAGGUUAUUCCUUUGCCAGUCUGUCAGAGGUUCUGCAUAUGCAGUGCGCCCACUGUGGACUGAAAAACAUUACUUUGUAGAUGUAUUUUCAAUAAAGAAAAAUAGUUUUACAUUAA